AUGCCGGAUGACGACCAGCACCAGAUCCGACUCGUCACAGUGAAGUCUGCGGACGUAGGAGACAUGGAGUUCAUCGCCUCCAACAAAUACGGCCUCGACAGCUGCAGCUUCAGCGUGGAGCUCGCAGCUGCUCCCACCUUCGAGAGCAUCAUGGAGGACCUGGAUGUGUGUGCGGGGGAGACGCCGCGCUUUGCUGUGGUGUGUGAGGGGAAACCCGUCCCUGACAUCCUCUGGUUCAAGAACGACGUCCUGCUGGCCGAGAGCAGUCACUACACCUUUGUGUACGACGACAGCGAAUGCUCUCUUGUGGUUCUCAACGCGCGGCCCGAGGACUCAGGCGUUUACACCUGUACAGCAAGGAACCAGGCGGGCUCUGUGUCCUGCAAGGCCGAGCUCACAGUUCACCAGGUGAAAGUGAAGGAGGAGCCGAUGGAGGACGAGGAGACCAUCAUGAGGAGAAUGAGACGACUCAGCGACUACUACGACAUCCACAAAGAGAUUGGACGGGGGGCGUUCUCGUACGUGAAGCGCGUGGUCCAAAAAGCCGAUAAGUCAGAGUUUGCUGCAAAGUUCAUUUCAGCUCGAGCCAAAAGGAAAGUGUCGUCUCUGAGGGAGAUGAAGCUGCUGUCGGCGCUCGACCAUCCUCACCUUCUGCUCUUCCACGACGUGUUCGAGAAGAAGAACGCCGUCAUCAUCGUCACCGAGAAAUGUCACGAGGAAAUGUUGGAGCGAUUCAUCCGGAAGUCGACGCUUGUGGAGUCAGAUGUUCGCUCUUGCAUCCGUCAGGUUCUGGAGGCUCUGGACUAUUUGCACAAACUCAACAUCAUCCACCUGGACGUGAAGCCUGAUAACCUGUUGAUGGCGGACCCUCACUCAGACCAGGUGCGUUUGUGUGACUUCGGGAACGCCGUGGAGCUGUCCCAGGACGACCUGCAGUACUGUCGAUACGGAACGCCGGAGUUUGUGGCCCCGGAGAUUGUCAACCAGACUCCGGUUUCCAAAGCAACCGACAUUUGGCCGGUCGGGGUCAUCACCUACCUCUGUCUCACUGGGGUCUCUCCGUUCGCUGGUGAGGAUGACCGCAGUUCUCUCCUGAACAUCAGAAACUAUAAUGUGGCGUUUGAGGAGAACAUGUUCUCGGAGCUGAGCCGCGAGGCCAAAGGCUUCAUCAUCAAACUGCUGGUGCCCGACUCACUGAGACCGGACUCGCAGGACGGACUCAGACACCCCUGGUUCAAGGCUCCGAGUAAAGGAAAAGUCAUCAGCACAGAGAAUCUGAAGAAGUUUGUGGCUCGGAGGAAAUGGCAGCGCUCGUUGAUCAGCUACAAAUCCAAAAUGGCGAUGCGCUCGAUCCCAGACCUCCUGAGCGCGGCCUCCAGCCACGUCUCCAUCGCGGCGCCCAAACUCGCUCCAGGCUCCGCUCUGGCCUCGUCCUCCUCCGACUCAGACGAAGACAUCGACGAGCUGCCCCUCAUCCCCAUGCCCCUGCACACACAGUUCAGCGGAUCUCGAGUCUCGCUCAACGAGAUCCAGAACGGUGAGGAGAGGGGGAGCCACGUCCAGGAGGAGGAGAGGGCCACGGAGGAGGCGCAGGAACUACGGGAGCGAGAGAAGGAGGAGGCCGAGCUCAUACAGAAGUCAGGGUUACCGCGGAAACAGCUGCAGCGAGGAUCCAGCGUCGACUCAGAGAAAGUGGAGACGGGACGAAGACGAGGAGAGCUGAGGAGGGGAGGGUCCGCUGACAGUGCUCUGCUGCUCAAGAUCUCCCCAGAGGAGGGCAGCACUGAGGCAGGCUCCCCGCGGCAGGACGGCAGGCGGGUGCUAAAGAAGGCUGUGUCUAUGGAGCUUCCGCGGCGCAGCGCCAGCCCCACCAUGAGCCAAGAGGACUACGCCCUGAAGCUGGAGCUGAUGAGACAGAGGCUGCUGCGAGGAGGCUCUGUGGACAACAAGAUGAGCGGCCUGCGAGGACCUCUGCUGGAGACACUGGGCAUGGGAGAGGACAAGAGGAACACAGACAGAUAUCGGAUGAACCGAUUGGCUCCGCCCCCUCUGACCCGUGCGGCCUCCAGUGACUCGCCGCGAGACGAUUCGCCCAAAGCCAAAGUGUUACGUAAGAGUUCAUCGUUCAGUCAGGGCGACGCCGAGCCCAUCGCGUUGCACAGACGCAUGGGCGCGCCGCUGGAGAUCCCGCUGGCGACGCGAGAGCAGCGGCAGCUGAAGGAGGCUAUCUCCAUGUCCAGCCUCACCGACCAGACCAGAUUUGAGUCCAGACCGGUCACACCCAGAGAACCCUCACCCAGACCGGUCACACCCAGAGAACCCUCACCUAGACCUCCAACCCCAGAGUCCAACAUGCAGGACAGUCCCACCAAGAGCGAGAGCGAGGACUCGUUUGUCGACAGAGAAGCGAGAAGCGACGAGAUCACGGGCGAGAAACUGACCUCGGACUGGAACUGUGACGAGAGAUCCAGCACCAGCGGCUUCUCUGAGAAGGACAUGAGUGUCUGUGAGGAGCCUCUGAUCCAAUCAGAGACACGACCAGAGGAGAGGGAGGGAACUAGGGGAACUGGAGAGAGGGAAGAGGAGAGGGAGAGAGAUACUGAGAGAGAUAGGGAGAAGGAUGGAGAGGAGGAGAGGGAAAGGGAGAGAGAGAGGGAGACAGAGAGGGAAAGGGAGAGAGAGACGUUGAUGGAAGAAGAUUCCAGAGAGACAGAUAGGAGCCCAGAGAAAGAGAGUGAGUUGAAAGUGAAAGCUGCAGAGACGGUGAUCAGCAGGAGCUCAGUGCUGCUGCGACCGACAGACGAAUACCCGAACGCUCCAGAGGAGGGCGCUGUGACGGACACACAGACCAUCUCACUCACACCACCUGCGUCCAAAACCCUGCUCCCAGACGGCAGGACGUCGGCGUAUGCUAGCAUCAUGCAGACCAUCAUGGUGCAGCCGACCAGUGACGCUGCAAUCGGGCCUUCCACACCGGUCCAGGUCCCAGUCCAGGCCCCAGUCCAGGUCCAGGUUCCAGUGACAGAGAGAGCUGAAAACAUAAAGACUGUCCCUGGAGACUUGCAGCCAGGACGCACCACAGAACACGCCGCUGUCUUCGCCAGAGUGGCGUCUCCAGAGACGAUCUUGAAGGAGCCAAGUCCACCAAGAUCGAGCCAAACCCAACAGGACUCGGGGAAGUUUGAGAACGUCACGUCAGAGGAACUUUUUGAGGCCCGCUUCAAGAAGAGAGAGUCGUCGCUCACCAGGAGCUUCAAGUUCCUGACCAGAUCCAGAAACGAGAAAGCACAGUCGGAUGAGGCGGGGGAGGAUGUUUACCGACCCAGUCCCACGGGGGCGCCGCUGCAGCUGGGCGCUCGGCGGCUGGAGGAGAAGUCCAAGUCUGUGCAGGAUCUGAGGGAGGCGCAGAAAGAUCAGGGCUUCAUGAAGCGGCUCUCACUGAGGUUGAAGCGAAGUCCGUCAAUGGAGCGAACAGACCAGAUCAAAGAGGACGACAGUUCGAGGAGGCGGCUCUCCUGGACACUGGGCAGAAAGGGCUCCCAGGAAAAGAAGGAGCCAGACGAAGCGGCGACAGAGAACCACACAGAAAAGGAGGAGCUGAAGAAACCCAAUGAAUCUCCCGUGUUGGCCAUGAGGCGCAAGAUCGAGUCCACGGUGGCGGGUAUCUCCACACGCAUCAGGAGCUACUCAGAGGAGAGGAGGGGGUCAGAGGAGAAGGAGCAGAAGGAGCAGAAGAGGACUCCCAUCCUGUCCAUGCUCAGGAGGGCUUCCUCCGAGAGCCGCGGGGCCAAGAUGGUACCACAAAACCAGCUCGCACAGCAGAACGACAACGCGGCCUCCAACGAGUCCCUGGACUCCACUAAAGGAGUGGAGACAGAGCGGCGGUCUCGUUGGGAUCGCUGGGGCUUGACUAGAGGACGCAGAGACAAAACGGUGUCUCAGCCGGACAUCCCCUCCGCCAUCAGCCGCGAGAUCUCUGCUCUGAGGACCAAACAGUACAACAAACUGGCCUCAGACUUUCCUCCUGUUUUCCACAUUAAACUGAGGGACCACGUUCUGCUUGAGGGAGACCCAGUGACUCUGAGCUGCCUGCCUGCCGGGAGCCCCCACCCUAACGUCCACUGGGUCAAAGACAAGAGGCCCCUGGAGGUAGACUCUCGGAUGAACAUGAUCUCGUGUCCUGACGGGCGGCAGCUGCUGAUGAUCAUGCAGACAACCAAGAAGGAUGCGGGAGUGUACGAGUGCGUGGCCACCAACCCGCUAGCAGCCGUGUCCUCGUCCUGCACCAUCUCCCUCGCACGUCUCCCCAAUCAACCCGGGACUCCUGAGAUCCCUCAGAAAUACAACAACACAGCUCUGGUUCUGUGGAGGCCCUCAGACACUAUGGCCCCCUGCACCUACUCUCUGGAGAGGAAGGGAGAAGAUUUACUAGUGUCCAAAUGA